GAACAUGUAGCUGUUUAUGAGACGCGAGUGUAACAAUUGAACUCUGAUUGGGGGGAUUUUCAAUUGCAUCAUGUUUGGUUUUUAGUAGGAUUUCGGUGAAAUAAAGCAUGCUUUGUGCUACUUGUCGGACAAACACUGUUUUCCUCUCGACCGACUUUAUGUCUGGAAACCGAACGAAGGCUGGUAACACUGUCUAUUAGUCGAAGUUCUAAGUUCAAAUCCUGCUUCGCUUGUCUGGUGGCCCUGAUCAAUGGGCGAUUCUGAAGGCAAAAUAUCUAACCAUGUAUCAAAACCAGACGUAAACAAUGGUGUACACGGUUCGCAUUCUGUUACUGCAGGGAAGUGUUCGUCGAAAGAGUCGAGUUCGGGUUUUAUGCUGCUAAGUGUGAAACACUUGUCGAAAGUCAAACGGAGUAAACAUGUAUCUACAGCUGGCAUGGGAAACGACCCGUUAGUCAGUAAUCACGCAGAAAUGCGCUCAACACUACCUCUGCCAAUCCUCCCUCAAACAGACGUUUGUUUGGUGCCGCAGAGUUCUAUGUGUGAGGACAAUCUGCAUGAUACUUAUGGUUCAGGCUCUAUAGAAGCUGAGGAGUUUGAAGACUUUGAUGAUCAGGAGGAUGAUGCUGAUCUAACUGGGGAUGGGAAUCCUACCAGGAAUAUGAAUGUGGUUGGUCAUAACUCUUUUAGUCAUUUCGGUACGACUCUCCCAAAUGAACCAUCGAAUGCUGCCAACUUUUGCCAGCUCCAUUACCCUACUGUGACACAGACGUUCACAAAACCGCUAAAUGGUCACUUCCAGUCGCCUGUAUUUCCGGAUAAAAAGUUCACAUCUACCUGUAAUGAUGCCUACCAGCCAAAAUAUUCAGACCGUCUUUCCUCUCCUGUUCUAAUGCCUUCUCUUAAUCAAUCCGGAAAAUUGGAUUAUCUACAGCCUUUCCAAAGCAAAUGCAUUUACCCACCAUGCCCUCAAAAUUCAUACUAUCCAGGUUUUUUUAAUUCUGACCACUCAGAUGCCAUUCCUUCAACAGGAUCACCGCUUGAGCAUGACAAUCGUUGUAUAGCACCAGAACAAAACCAUUUAAAUAUUCAUCAUUUACUUGGUCGUCGGAUAACUUCUGACUCUCACGAUUGUACAGAUAUUUCUGAUAUAUCUCCAUCCAAGUUGGUAUGUACUAUGGCCAGUCAUAAUUACCCUGAUCCACCUAAUACUUCUUCAGAUUGGAUGAAACUAUCAGGUGUAUUGCAUCCUACAUAUCAUGUUGGUUUAUCUCCUCGUUCGAGACACGGGAGUUUUACUCAGCCUGCAAUAACAUGCCUACACCAUUCACAUCCAUCAACAACGUCAGACAAUGCAGCAUCAACUGCUUCUACAAACAACCACUUAACAUCAGACGCUGUUGCUAAAGCAACGGCAUCACUUCCACCACUGCAACCAGCUUCAAGAUUUCGCAAGGCUCGUAUACAUGAAACCGUUGAACAAUGGUCUUGUGGUCGACUUUCGGUACAUGAUUGUCACCUGAAGGCCGUUCCUGAUUGGGUUAGUGAACUUCACAAAAAGUCUCUUGCUUGCGAAGACGCUAUUUCAAACCUGUCGAAUAGAAAAAUAAAGUGUUUGUCCUGUUUCAUACCUAAAACUGUUGGGGAUUCAAGCACAACAAUGUUUCCACGAUCCACACAAGGUUUUGCACACCUCGGAGUUUCUGUUGACCAUCACUCAGACCAUAUCCACCAAAAGUUAGGUAUCCUUGAAAACGCGUUGGAAGCUCGGUCAAUAAUUUUGAGUCAUGGCUCCCAAGGAAAUAAUUUGUUUUCCUUCUGGAAUGAUGGGCUUCGAGUGUGCAGUCAAAUUCCUUCCUUUGCUCGUGUCCACGUGCGUAAUUCGGAACCAAAUUACGAUGCAUGUGAUAAUUGUGAUUGUUCUAUUCUAAACUCCGUUCAUUCUGAAUGUAAGAUUAAGAGUACUUAUGCGGAAAACAGUCAUGACGGACAUCACGGUGUGAACAACUUGUCGUCGAGAGAAAAUGGUAUUGAGGAAGACAGUACUGAACUUACAGACGGUUCAUCGAUUCUUCUAGGUUCUUCAGACCCGGCCACUGCAUAUUUGCGCCGAAAGCACAUGGGGACAACAAGUUAUGUGGAAAGCUUGUCGGUUGCUACGGAUUCGAAACAACGUGAUGAUUCUGCAGCUACAACCUCACCUCAACAGCCUUUAAAAAAUAUAUCUCCACUCCAGUCAGAUUUCAUUUACAUGGACUCAAAAGAGGUAUUGAAUCAUUCUGACGAACCGGGUUAUGCUUCUAACCAAGAAAUGUGUCUUCAUGAAGUUUCAAGUGCACCUUCAAGUAAUGUCCCUCCAGCUAGUCCUAGUGCGGCUGUCAUUGUCACCAACACAGAUCGAAUCCCUGUAGGACUUCAAAUGUCUUCAGAAAUCUCCAUGUCUAAGCUGCGUUUGCUAGAUUUAGUAUCUACUGAUGAAAACAAUUUGGGACCUAAUUAUGCGAACGUCAAUCUUUUGGGUUCGAAUGUGCAACGUCUGAUAAAUGAAGGUACCAGUACGGCAAACAAAGACAAGCUUAAAGAUAAUUCCAGGACAAACCACGUUUCCUCGGGAGAUUUCCUCCUACAUGCUUCACCGAGGAAAAUUGAUUUUCGCUUGCGAUCCAGUGGUCGUCGUUCUAAGAGCUUUGACGAUAGUUUCUGCGUCAACAGUCUGGAUCGCAUUAAAAGUAAUAGGUUAUACAACUCCGACAUCGUUAGAAGGACACGCGCACCUCUAACUGUGGAAGAUGUUAUUAGUACUGCAUCACCCAAGGACCUCAAAUUCCCCAGUGACUUUACCAGCGAAGUUGAAUGUAACCGGAAUUCUAGAACAUCAUCCUUUUUAUCUGAUCGUCUUGAAGCCCGUAUACGCGCUAGCAUGGUGAGGUGUAUUUUUGAUAUAUUGAAUUUUUUCAACACUUGAUCUUGAUGUGUGUCAUUCAAUAUGCAUGUUAGACCGACUUUAGAACUACCAAACAUAAUUCUGCAGACCAUUAUCUUCAUGCGCCUGAAGAGUACACUGAACAUUUAAAUGUGGAACCAAAUUCUCUUAGCUUUAAAAUUGACACCUUAUUGUUCCAGCCAUACUUUGUUUUCCGUUGUAGUAAUAAUUUUAAGAAUUAGUGAGUGCAUAUUUCUAUGAUUUGUAACCACGCGGAUCUAAGGAAUCAUAGCAAAAUCUUAAAAAAUCAUAUGAAUAUAACCAUAGGUGUUCCUCACUUUGCUACAGCAUAGAAAGAGGAGGUGAAUAAAACGAAAGGAUAAACAAUAGCGUUAGUGAGAAUUGAGCUGUCACUGAGGUGGUCAGAUUUAUCAACAGCUGCCUUUGUUCUGCAUUGAAGAUCAAAUGGCCAAAAAGUAUCAGCAACAAGAAACUAUGGAAACAAACUAACCGAGGACCUACCACUCAACAGAUAUGUAGGAGAAAAUGGAAAUGGAAUGAGCGCACACUGAGAAGACCGUUGACUGACAUCGCACGCCAAGGCAUCGCUCGGGUGGAGUCCGGAUGCGAAAUGGUGAGUGCAGUGUUCCAGAGCGGCAUGGUGGAGAUCGCGCGAAGAGCAGAUUUGAGAUUAUGGUGAAUUGUGGACCCAGCUGAAGAGGACCACAGAAAAUAGAACAAAGUGGAGAGAUAUUGUCGAAGGCGUGUUCUACUCGGAAUCCAAGGGAACAGUAAGACCGUCAUAUAGACAAGUGAGCGUAAAAGCGUUCACAGAAUCGCAUCAUUUCAAGUUACUGCUACCUGAAAGAUGCACAACCGCAUUGGGGGAGGGUGUCACAAGUAGUUGUUGAGUAACGUUUUCACCUUUUCAUUUGUGCACUCUAGUAAAGUAUAAUCCCAUAUUAUAAUGAUUUUAGUCUGAUAUAAGACGUACGCACUAUUAAUUAUGCACUGUUCCGAAGACUGAGGAGUGAGCACAUCCACCCUAUGAAUGAUUUUCAGUUUUUUCACUGAAAACUUCCAAUUGUUGAUUAUUAGUAUCUCAAGGAGAAAUCUUAUAUGGAUGAAAACAGUAGUCAUGAAUUUCGGGGAUUUGCGUCAUAUUUUGACCCCUAUUAACUCAUCUCCAACUUGUUAAUAAAGUAAGGCUGUUCCUUGACAUUCGUUACAUGUUCUAGCCACUGUAGAUAGUAAAGACGUAUUACCAUAUCAGUUAACUUUAUCUGGCACUAUAUCUCUGACCUCAAAACAAAUUAUUAUGUUCUACAGUAGUUGAGCACAUAUUUCUGUCGCUUUUCAUGUCUUUACUUUUGAUGACUUAAGGGGAGAUCUGCUUAUUAGUUAAUUUAGUUAAUUAAACUGUGAACGAUGAUUGUCGUCCUAAGAUCCUGUAGUAUGCAAGUUUGUCGUUUAGUUAUCGGUAGAUUAAAAGCUAAACCAUAAUGAAGUAAGUAUGAGUGUAGGUUUAUGUUAGAAGUGCUCAUUCUAGUGUUUCUUUGAAUUCUGUUCGACAUCCUGCAGAAUACUGGGCUGCGUUUAGUAUACAAUCUAGACAAUAAAAACGCCCUUAGAUACUUCAUUGCUCUCUGGCUUUUCCGCUUCAGAAAUGUGUGGUCAUUUUCUCAAGGGCUGAUAUUUUGGUACCCAAAAAGUAUGUAGACUGUUUUUAGGAGAUUACUCAGUAUUACUUGUUAAAUUUCAUACAGUAAUCAGUCAAACCUUUGUGGUUGUUGAUCAGUAACUGUAAUUAAGUGAAGUUUUUACGUUAUCCUUUCAGUCAACAUCCCAAAGCUCUUACUGCUCUGAAUUGGAGGAAUUUUAACGUCUAUAUGCAACAUUUCUUUAUAUGAUUCACUCUGAACACUAUGUUUCACUCUUAUGGGAAGAGCGUUCUAGCAUAAGUUGUGAAUCUCUUGCCGUUUAGGAUCAUUUGAAAAUAAGGGGAUUCUUGUUUUCUACAAGGCAAUACUAGAGCAUCCGAUAAAUAUUGUGUAAAGACCAGCUUUCCCAAUUAGACCUACUCGUUUUUUAUAAAUAGCCUCUUGAUUUUUUGUUUGUAAACGGAUGGUAUGGAAAAUUAAGGUUUAUUAUUAUUUUAUUUUUCACUUUUUCAGGAAGCCAUUAGAUCUACGUUGGUAAAUAGUUUUCGUGACGAAUUGGCAACUGUACUUGCAGAAAAUGUUAAUCUGCGUUCAGAAAUAACUCGAUUGAAUUCCGAAUUGACACUUCUUCGAAGCUAUCAGCAUGCCUUUUUUGCUAUUCGACCUUUCGUCCCACCUAGUUUGUGGGAAAAUAUCUGUGUUCAGCAAGGUUUACCUGUAUCACCCCUCAUGAAUGGUGCUGAUUGUCAGUCAUCUUGUGAUCCACAAGUUUCUCGGUAAAACGCUAACAAACAGGUUAUAUCAUUGUUUUGCGUUACUACCGGUUAAUCAGUCGGUGAGAUUUUUCAAACACUCAUCGAUCAACGUGUGCAAUAGUUCCUCUUGAGACUUCGUUCUCAAAAUUCUUAUCUCGUCACUACCGGCAACAUGUAGUAAUAAUUCACCUACUUUAUCUUUUCCCCUUUUGCAAGAUUCUUCACACUUUUACCGUUCUUAUUUUCACGGCUUGUUUAUUUUCGUUUCCUGUCGUUUCACUGAACAUGAGAGAUUUGUGUAUGUAUUUGAUUGUUUAACAAAAUAACUACUAAUAGCCCUGUAACCUUGGAUUUCUCUUGCUGUAUUCUCUCUGUAUGUAUGUUCACCAGGCUCUUUCAUUCCCACCAUACAGUCGGUUGGUGUCAUCUCUUAAGUUCAGGCUGUUUGGACGAGAAUUAUUCACUCACCAAAAGUUUUAUUAGGCCUAUUAACGAUGUAUGUCUGAACUGUGAUUACAGGAAGCUUUUUGUGAUGUUUCCGUGUCUGUACAAAAAUUAGCUUGUAUAAAGUUAUGUAAAGUAUCUUUUUCUUUCUCAUUGUAACAUCUAUUUGUUUUUCUUCUUGUUCACUUAAUAGAAAAUGUUAGAAUAAUAUGCAAUCUUUAUUCAUAAUAUAAUUUCUUUGACAAAACCAAAUACACAAGGUUUCUUAUUCCACACUUAUUGGCAUUGUCUUCUGUUAGCAAACUUUUAUAUGAACCUUUUUGUUUGUCUCUCUUUGUUAUUUUUCAUUCCUGGUGAUGUCAAUUUUUCAAUCAUUUUGAUUAUAUAUAUAUAUAUAUAUAUAU